AGAAGAAAAUGUUUAUGAGGGAAUGAGAGACACAGAAAUCCUCCAUGAAGAGGGAUGGAGAGAAAAGAGUAUGAUAAAUGAAGAAGUAGCAGCAACCGGGGUGGAUGUUGGAGAAUCUGUGGAGGCAAACAAAGAAGCAGCUGAGGAAAACAAAGAGAUAUCAGGAACAGAAUGGGAGGAUGAUAUAAACUAUGAGGGAGAGGAGUACAAAGAAAGAGAAAGAGAGGAAAGAUCUCCCAAAGAAGAGCCAACUGGAGUUGAAGUCAGCAUGGAAGAUGGAGAGUUAGACAAAGUCCAAGAGGAGGAGGAGGAUAGAGGAGCAGAACUGAAUGAAAAGAUAGAGAUAAAAAUGCAAGAAAGAGAAGAAGAGAGAGUCAAAGAGGAAGGAGAUGUGGACAAAUUGAGAGAUGAGCUGGAUGAAGAAAACAAAAGUCAAGGAUCUGUGACAGAAGACAGAGAUGAAUCCGAUGUAAUUGAAGAAGGUGGAGAGGAUGGAGAAAGGGAAAGAUGUUUAUUUGAGUCAGAAAAAGAAGAAAUUAUCAUUUAUGAGGGAAUGAGAGACAUAGAAGUCCUCCAUGAAGAGGGAUGGAGAGAAAAGAGUAUGAUAAAUGAAGAAGUAGCAGCAACCGGGGUGGAUGUUGGAGAUUCUGUGGAAACAAACAAAAAAGUCACUGAAGAAAACAAAGACAUAUCAGGAACAGAAUGGGAGGAUGAUAUAAACCAUGAGGGAGAGGAGUACAGAGAAAGAGAGGAAAGAUCUUCCAAAGAAGAGCCAGCUGGAGCCGAGAUCAGUAUGAAAGAUGAAAAGUCAGACCAAGUAAGAGAGGAGAAGGAGAAUAGAGGAGCAGAAAUGAAUGAAGUGGUAGAGGUGGAAGUGCAAGAAAAGCUUCUGCUGAUGGAACCUGAAAUAAAAGAUGAAACAAUCAUGGCAGGAGAAGGAGAGGAAGAGAUGAGAAAAACACAGGUGGCAGGACAAGAUAAGUUCCAAAGAGAGGAACAAUCUGCUGAAGUAGAAAAGAAUGCAACACAAAGAUAUGAGAAAAGCAAUGACGAGGUCACUUUACCAGAAGGUGUUUUCACAUUAGACAUGAGGCAAUUUGCAAGAGAGAAAGAGAGAGUAGAAGAGGAGGGAGAUGUGGACAAACUGAGAGAUGAGUUGGAUGAAGAAGACAAAAAUCAAGGAUAUCUAUCAGACGACAGAGAUGAAUCAGAUGUAAUUGUAGAAGGUGUAGAGGAUGGAGAAAGGGAAAGAUGUUUAUUUGAGAUAGAAAAAGAAGAAAAUAAUGUUUAUGAGGGAAUGAGAGACACAGAAAUCCUCCAUGAAGAAAGAUGGAGAGAAGAGAGUAAGAUAAAUGAAGAAGUAGCAGCAUCCGGGGUGGAUGUUGGAGAAUCUGUGGUAGUAGAGGAAGGAGAUGUGGACAAACUGAGAGAUGAGCUGGAUGAAGAAAACAAAAAUCAAGGAUCAGUAACAGAAGACAGAGAUGAAUCUGGGGUAAUUAAAGCUAGUCGAGAGGAUGGAGAAAGGGAAAUACCAUUAUUUGAGUUAGAAAAAGAAGAAAAUAAUGUUUAUGAGGGAAUGAGAGACACAGAAAUCCUCCAUGAAGAGAGAUGGAGAGAAGAGAGUAAGAUAAUUGAAGAAGUAGCAGUAUCCUGGAUUGAUGUUGGAGAAUCUGAAACAUGUGAAGUAAAUGUACAAAAUUUAAGAGAAGGAAAAAAUUUAGAGAUCUCAGUGACAGAAUUGCGAGAUGAUAGGAAACAUAGAGAAAAUGUUUAUGAGUUAAAAGAACAUGAAAUAUUUGAUAUAUCUACAGAGGUGCAACCUUAUGAGAAUAUCAACAUAUUCCAUGAAGCAUUAGAUAUGAGCAAAGAGAAUGAAACAAAAUCAGAUUUGCAACAAACAGUAGAACCUCAAAUAAAUGAAGACAACAUUUUUGGGAGGAAUUCUCACAUAAUUGAUUUGUUAAAAGUAGCUGAAGAACAGGAAACCAAAAAGGAAGAACGUGACAAUGAAUGUCCUGAAAAACAGUCAACCAUAUUGAUAGUAGGAGAAACUAAAGAUGAAGGGCAUGUGUCAGAUGAAAAUGUAGACAUAAAAACAAUGGAAGAGGGAGAUGGAAUGGAUUUCAAUGUGGCUCCAGCUACCAAAUCAGAACUUAUCGAAGGAUUUAGUGCAAACAUUGUAACAGAGGGUAUUACACUUAGAGAUGGAUGGGCAAUAGAAAAGACAGAAGAAACCAUAAAUAAUGAUAGGAGUGAAAGUGGUGACACUCCGUAUGCUGUGGACAGAGGAGCAAUAAGGGGAGCAGAGAGUGGAAGGGAUAUCAAUGAAUCUACAAUGAGCACAACAGAAGGACAAAGACCAAAAAUACAGCUGAAAAUCGAAAAGGGUGUAAAAUUAGAAGAAGAUGAAAUUUUUACAAAGGCAAAAGACAUUCAGAGUCAAUUCAGUGAUGCAAAAUUGCACAAAACAAGUGAACACAGGAAACUGUUAGCAGAAAGUACAGGACAAUCCAGAACAAUAAUCGUGAAUGAAGAAACAGAUGGAAAUGAGGGAAGAAAGCAUAUUACAAAGGAUGGAGUAGGCAAAAAAAGAAUUCGGAAAAGGACCCAUGAAAAUGAAGAAGAAGAAUUUAACCUUCAGCUGGAUUCACCCUCAUUGGAUUUCACUGCACAAAAGUCCCGAAUCGCUCUUAAGAAUCGCCACAUUCGCGCACCCAAAGACCCUCGCAUUCUCCUCCAAAUACCUUCCUUAAGCCCCACUUCUGCACCACCAACACUGGAUGAGGAGGCAGCAACAAAGCCAGCUGGAAUAAAGGUGGGAGGAGUAGAGAUGAUGCGAUUCAAACUGCCAGGUAUUGGUGCAGGGUUUCCAGUACUGAAGAAAACAGAACGAAGAGUGGAGGAGAGGGGAGAAGAAGGUACAGGACAGAUGACCAUAAAGGCACCAACCCCAAAUCUUGGUCCUGAGGACAGGGAGCCAGCAGGCACAAAAAAGUGGGCAGCAGGAUCUGUUGGAGUGAAGCUGCCAGGUUUUGGCCCAGGAAUGCCUGCCCUGAGGAAGACAGACAAAGGAGUAAAGCUGAUAGAGAAGACUACAGAUGAUGCUACAGUCUCUCCUGGUAAAUGUGAUACAUCGAGUGGGGGAGGAGCUGAGAGAAACGGAGAAGAGUCAAAGGAAAAGGGAAUCAAAAGUGUUGGACCGUCCACUAUAAAACUUCCAAGUUUUGGUGCUGGUUUUCCUAUGCUCAGAAAGACAGAAAGGGGAAGUAAAAUGAGAGGUGAAGAGGGUAAAACAUCAGAAGCAGAGCGGAAUGAAACUGAAAAUAAUCAGCCAGAAAAACCAGGAUCAGACAGCCCAAUGUUGGUGUCAGAGCUUAAAAAAAAAUUUAUGAAGACUGAAAGAAAGUGAAAAAUCCAUAAUAUAUUAUAAUGAAAUCGAUAAGUAAUAGAGCAAUAUGGUUAUAUUGUUCAAAUGAAAUUGAUUGUGAAGGCAGGAGUAACUCAUUUGAAGUUGGGAUUCACGGUUCUCAAGUUUAAAUGUCACAGCACUUUCUAUCUGCUUCAAAGGUCUAAGUACAAACAUUCAUUACAACGUUGCUGAUUAAGGACUACAGAAUCUCUUUUCAUUAUAAUGUAAAUGCACAUUUAAGCUGCUUCUUCCAUUCGUGCUUUUAAAAUGAUUUAAAAAUAUUUACUUAUGCAUCUUAUAAUAACUUGCACUAUAUGAUUCUUUGUUUUAUUAAGAAAAAAGAUAUAUAGCAUAUGUUUUUAAUUGCUUUUAAAAUACCACUCUGUACUUUGACAUGUUCUGCACAAAAACUUAUAAAUAAUGUCAUGCAUCCCAUUUAGGAUUUUAUUAUUAUUAUUAUGAUCUGGUAUAUAAUUAUUUUCUGUUAAGAUUGUCUUUAAAUUACUAAUUGGGCACGAAUGAAUGUCAAGGUAUUUUCCUAUUACUUUUUUCUAAUGCAAAUAAAUACUUAUAUUUUACUAUUCCACAUAAAAUUUGAAUGUAAUGUUUAGGUAUGAAAUACAGUGAACAAAUAUGCUAAAAAGAAAACAGAAUUGGUUAACAUCUAUGCAUCUGUUAUUCACAUAGCAAUUGUUUACCUAAUUAAAAUACAUAUUAUAAUUCAUACGUAAAAAGAGAAAACAUGUAUGUGAAUAUUUGAGACAAAGGUAGAAUGCAAACUUUAUCAGGAACCAGUGAAUUGUGGAAAAUAAUGGUUUUAAUUAAGAGUUUCUGUUUAAUAUAUAUUCAUGGAAAUGUAUUCUCUUAAUUCAUUAUCCUUUUAUAGUGUGUGGUGUAUUUUCAGAGGAAAAAUUCAGUUUGUAAUGUCUUUGCUACCAGAUUUUUUUUAAGCUAUGCAGUUAUAAUGAAUAUUUUCAAAAACAA